AUGGACUCGACCAACGUCAGCUUCUUCGACUUCCCGCCUCAGUCACCCGCCAAGGAUUUCGAAGAAGGACAGCUUAUCACUGUUCAUGGCUUCUUGUCCAAACGGAGGGAUCUCUCUAAAAAGAUGACCUUUGUGGAUCUGCUCGUGGAUGCAGGCCCGUCGUUCCAGUUCAAAUCAGCAUGGGAGGAGAAGGAAUCUCCUGAGCACGAGGCACACAAGACCCUCAGGUCCUUCUCUGCCUGGAGUCCUGUCGCUUUGACCGGGAGGAUAGACAAGUACAGGACAGUUUCCUCGGGCAUGUUCAGUCCAGACUUCCCGGCAGGCCGCGACAAAUAUGAGCUCACUCUCCAAGGCCAACCCCGCCUUCUCAACCACUUCCCUCAGAACAUCAUCAUAUCCGAGGGUGCUCUCUUCCCGCCACAGUCUCGACAUCUUCAGCUGAGAUUCGACAAGGUCCUGCAGGAUCGGCUCAAGUUUCGUGAUCAAUUGGUGUCGGAAGCCCAGGACUUUCUCAGACAAGCUGGCUUCCUCCACGUAGAGACUCCGAUCCUCUUCAAAUCCACCCCCGAGGGCGCCAGAGAAUUCCUGGUGCCUACUCGAAGACCGGGCUAUGCAUAUGCGCUACCACAAAGCCCACAACAGUACAAGCAGAUGCUUAUGGCGUCAGGUGUCCGCAGGUAUUUCCAGCUUGCAAGAUGCUUUCGCGACGAGGAUCUUCGCGCCGAUCGACAACCCGAGUUCACACAGUUGGAUUUGGAAAUGUCAUUUGCGACUGGCAAAGAUGUGAUGCAGCUCAUAGAGAGCCUAGUCAAAAGCUUAUAUGCAUUCAUAAGGCGCAACUGGCGCACAUUUGAGGUCAACGGACAGAUGGGGGUCACCUCGAGGAUGCCCGAUGCUGUUGACAGCUCCUCAGACAUUAUUAUAGGCCAGUUCCCGUCCCUGAGCUCAGAGGACGGGUAUGAAGGGGGAAAACCCUUCCCUCGAAUUACAUAUCAUGAGGCCAUGUCCCUUUACGGCUCCGACAAGCCGGAUCUCAGGAUACCCAACAAGAUUCAACGAGUCGAUCACCUCCUCUCGCCCGCCUUCGUCUCCAUGAUCUCAGAUCUAGAGGACCCCAUAGUGGAAGCCUGCGUCUUCCGCUUCCAAGACACUCCCGACGUGACGAUCCCCGACUUCGUCACAUCCGUGUGGGACAAGUUGCCCAAACCCCUAGGCAAGAACCCAGACGGCCAACCCGUGCCCAUCAUCAUCGACUCGCGCAGGCCCCUCUCAGGACUCUCCUCCCUCGGCCACGAAGCAGCAGCAGAGCUCCUCGCGUCAGACCUCCCGCCCCCUCUCGGAGGGCCCCUCCAAGAAGGCGACGUCCUCGUCAUCCAAGCCCGGCCCAACAAGCCCUUCUCCGGCGGCUCGACCGCCCUCGGCACGCUGCGCAACCACAUCUACCAGCUCGCCGUCCAAAAACACCUCCUCCCCUUCGACCCUACCUUCCAAUUCCUCUGGGUCACCGACUUCCCCCUCUUCACGCCCACAGACCCGGCGACCACCUCGGACCCAGGCCAGGGCGGCGCCGCCGGCUUCUCCUCCACCCAUCACCCCUUCACCGCGCCCCUCCACCCCGAAGACUUCGACCUCCUCCACACCAACCCGCUGCGGGCCAGAGCCGACCACUACGACCUCGUCGUCAACGGCGUCGAGCUCGGCGGCGGCAGCAGGCGGAUCCACGUCGCCGCCGUGCAGGAGUACGUGUUCCGCGAGGUGCUCCAGAUGGACGGCGCCGGGAUCGAGCACUUUAGCCACCUGCUCGAGGCCCUGCGGGCCGGGUGUCCGCCGCACGCCGGGUUUGCCAUCGGCUGGGACAGGCUGGUGGCUACGCUGAGCUAUACGGGGAGUGUACGGGAUGUCAUUGCUUUCCCCAAGAGUAAGCAGGGCGACGAGCCUGUUGCUAGGUGUCCUGGGAAGGUGGGCAGGGAGGAGUGGGAGGUGUAUCAUCUGCAGCCUAGGGAGAAGAAGGAUGUGGAAGGAUGA